AUGCUGAGCCGUAAACGACGAGCAAGUUCGAUUAGCAGUAAGAAUGACGAUGAACCUUUACAAAUGGACGACUCCACACCGGAGAAAUCACCGGUAUUGGCGACAGCAUCAAAUUCCAUAAUUUCCUCAAUGACCGCUGUUCGCAAGAAACGCAAAAUGGAUUCGAGUGAAAUGUGCCAGUCGCUAUACGACUCCGUACGGAAUCUGAAAAAGGAAGAUGGUUCCAUGUUGUGUGACACAUUCAUAAGGGCACCCAAGCGACGCCAAGAGCCCUCAUAUUAUGAUGUGGUCAACAAUCCAAUUGAUUUGUUGAAAAUACAACAAAAAUUGAAAACCGAUGCUUACGAAGAUUUGGAUGAAUUGGUGCAGGAUUUCGAAUUGUUGGUAAACAAUGCCAAGGCAUUUUAUAAACCAGACACCACAGAACAUCAGGAUGCCGUGGCAUUGUGGCAAUAUGUCCUUGCCCAUAAACAGAAGUUGCUCGAGUCUUUGGGGUUGGUAGAAGAAGAACCGAAAAAUAAACGGGGCCGCAGACGUUUGACUUGCAACACCGAUGAAGAUGGCGGCUCCAAGGAAGAUGACGUAAAUCUAUAUGAAGAACUGUUUGCCUCUGUUAUGACAUCUGUGGACAGCACUAUGAAUGACAGACCCUUGCACCGCAUGUUCCUAUUGCUACCCUCAAAGAAAAUGUAUCCGGAUUAUUAUGAUGUCAUUGAACAUCCCAUCGAUUUGCGGCUGAUUGCCACAAAGAUACAAACCAAUGCCUAUUCCAAUUUGCAAGAAAUGGAAAAGGAUUUGCUGCAAAUGACCAAGAAUGCCUGCCAAUUUAAUGAGCCCGGUUCACAAAUCUACAAAGAUGCCAAGACAUUAAAGAAAAUAUUUACCCAAAGGAGGGUGGAGUUGGAAACGGGAAAAGUGAAACCCAUCAAACGGCCAAAAUCUCUAAUGUCGGCUGCCAUAGCGGCCCUUAAAGAAGAAGUCGACAGUUCGGAUGAUGAGGAGACCAGCAAAAAAGGAGAAGGUCCCAUGUGGGCACUAUUCGAUCAUCUAUACAAUGCUCCUGGUUUCUCUGAACAUCCAGGAGCAACAGGUCCCCCCUUGGGCACCUCACUAUGGAAAUUACCCAUACGCCGCUUUCAUCCAGAAUAUUUUGAACUCAUCAAACGUCCCAUUUCCAUGUGUCAAAUUCACACUAAAUUGAAUAAAGGAGAAUAUGCCAACAUCAGUGACCUUACGGCAGAUUUGUAUUUAAUGCUUGACAAUGCCAAAAAGGCCUAUCCUCCGACACAUCGCACCCACAAGGAUGCCGUGAAAAUGUUAAAACUAAUGAAUGCCAAACUGGUGGAAGAUGCUCCCGAUCAAGAUACCAGUGAAAUGGAAGAUGAGGAAGAAGACGAAGAGGUCGAUGAUGAUGAAAGUGAACAAAACACCUUGGUUGCAUCUGCAGGUCCAACACCAAAGAAAAAAGGUCGUCCACGUCUUAAUCAAUCGGCCAAUAGCAGUACCUUAAAUACAUCGGUGGUUGCAACACCUAAACCACAACGUAUGACCAUAACUCCGCCACUGAAGAAAAAGAUCUUGGCUUUACAUAAAUAUUUAUUGGACUUUUCGUUGGGUACACGCAAACCUAUAGAUUUGUUUAUGGAGAAACCACCUCGGAAAAUCUAUCCUGAUUAUUAUGAUGUCAUACAAAAUCCCAUCGAUAUGAAUACGAUCGAGAAUAACAUCCGUGGGGAUAAAUAUCGUGAUGUUGAAGAUGUUGUCGCCGAUUAUCGGUUGAUGUUUGCCAAUUGCCGGCAAUAUAAUGAAGAGGGUUCCACUAUCUAUGAAGAUUCCAAUAUUUUGGAAAAGGCCUUGAAUGAAAAACUUGUUAAAGAUUUCCCAGGCUUGAAUGAAAUCAAAAAGCCUUUGCAAAAACUUAAAUGUGGUCGACGUCGUGCCAAUGUACCAAUGGGUGAAAAAUUAUGGCAAUUUUAUGAAUCGAUUCGUGAUUAUCAGGAGCCCAAAGGAAAACGGCAGCUAUCGUUGAUAUUCACCAAGUUACCGUCAAAAACUGACUAUCCCGAUUACUAUGAUAUUAUUAAGGAACCCAUCGAUAUGGAAAAGAUUGCCAAUAAGCUGAAGCAAGGAGUUUACGAGACCAUAGAUGAAUUGGCCGCAGAUUUCCUUUUGAUGUUGGAAAAUUCCUGUAAAUACAAUGAACCUGAUUCACAAAUCUACAAGGAUGCUUUGGUCUUGCAGCAGCUGACAUUGCAAUUGAAACAGAGUUUACGUAGUGCUGGUGAUACAGUACCUGAUGUUGGUCUCGCUGUACAGGAGUUAUUAAUGUCACUGUUCUCUUCACUAUAUAAUCAUCAAGAUGAGGCAGGACGUUGCUAUUCAGAUUCGUUACUGGAAUUGCCGGAAUAUGAUGAAUUGCCAGGUGAUCAGAAGGUACGUGGUAUAUCAUUGGAUGUAGUUAAACGUCGUUUAUAUAAGGGUGUCUAUAAACGUUUGGAUAUCUUCCAAGAAGACGUCUUUGCCUGUCUGGAGAGGGCUAGAAAAUUAUCCCGCACUGAUUCGGAUAUUUUCCAAGAUUCUAUAGAGUUACAGACAUUCUUUAUUAAGAAACGAGAUGAAGUUUGUCGUGACACUUUGAGUAGUCCCGCUUUGAGUUACACCUUGGAAAAGAUGUUGGCUGAAGUGGAGCAAUUGAAACAACAAAAAUCUUCACAAGAGGAACAAGAACAGGAUCAAGAUGACAAGGAAGAUGUAGAUCGUGCCGCCAUGCAGGGAGAAAGUAUGACAUUUAAUCAGAAGGUCUUCUCCCCCGGAGAUUUUGUGUACUUCACCCACAAUGAACAUAAAUCGCUGAGUAUCGCCUAUAUUGAACGUCUCUGGACCACCGAGGAUGAUAAGAAAAUGAUGUAUGGUUCGGUAUUCUUGAGUCCCCAUGAAACCUAUCAUGUCCAGACAAGAAAAUUCUUCGAGAAAGAAGUCUUCAAGAGCAGCGUUUCCCAGAAUAUACCCAUGGAAAGGGUACAGGGUAAAUGCUAUGUAAUGCACAUCAAGGAUUACAUCAAGGCUAAGCCGGAAAACUUUGAUGACAAAGAUGUGUUUGUGUGCGAAUCACGGUAUCAUGUGCGAUCAAGAUCUUUUAAGAAAUUCAAAAAUUGGCCAUUUGUCCGAGAAAAUGAUCCCGUGAAGUUGACACCCCGAGAUAAGCCCAUUGAAAUAAAGCGUGUUAUGUCGGUGUUCAAGGAACGUGUGGAGAAACACAAAGGGGAAUUGGAGGAAUUGAAAAUGCAGGAAUCGUUGGUGGAGAAGGAGAAACCCAAUGUGGCCUGUGAUCCCCCACCAAAUGCCGAACCCAAUGCUGUGUACUAUCAGCAGUUCAACACCAUUUGUAGUGGUGUGGUGAAGACGGGUGAUUUUGUGUAUGUGGCCACUCAGGGUGGCAAACAAUCUAUUGCUCAAAUUCAUCAAAUCUGGGAACAGAAUAAUAAAUCCUACUUUAAGGGUCCCUGGUUGUUGGCUCCCAACGAGAUUCAACCUCCAUUGCCCACCCAGCCACCGUUUGGCAAACAAUUCUAUCGCCAGGAGUUACUCCUCUCCACAGUUGAAGAAGCCAGUCCCGUUAUAAGCAUUGUGGGACGUUGUGCCGUUUUGGAAUAUCAGGAUUACAUUACCUGUCGUCCCACCGAAUUUGUUGAAAGCGACGUUUAUAUCUGUGAAGCUGCCUACGAUGAGUUACGCAAGUCAUUGCGUAAAUUUACCGCCCCAAAUUCAUUGCGGAGGUUUAUUCACAGUCCAGAAGUGACCCAAGAUGAAAUAUUAUAUUUCAAAGUUCCAAUUAAACCGUCCAAAGAUGUUAAGAAUGGGGAUUUAAAUGAAAGCCUCGGCAUUAUGGAAGAUUCUAUGGAUGGUAAUCCACCUUCGGUUAGUUCAGAUAUUGUAACCACCUCAUCGCCGGCACCAUCCGUCUCCUCCACGCCAAUAUCAUCGAAGGCCAAAAAAACCACCAAGAAGAGUCUCACUGGUUUUAUUCUCUAUUCCAGUGAGCAUAGAAAGGGUGUUUGUACCGCCAAUCCCGAUGCUUCAUUCGGUGACAUUUCUCGUAUGGUUGGUAAUGAAUGGAAAAAUCUACCGGCCAAUGUUAAACAGGCAUGGGAAGAUAGAGCUCAACGCAUCAACGAGGAGACCAAGGCACGUUGUGAACUCAUGGAAGAACAACAAAUGUUGACCAUGAACAAUUGUGCCAGUCCGGGACCAAAUCAAACUGGCGAAAACCAACAGAUUGGUCUCACCUUUGAAUGCCACUGGGAUAAGUGUGACUUUCAAUUUGAAGAUUCGGUCGAUUGUAUGGAACAUUGUAUUGCCGACAAUACGGGCCAUGUACAGCGAACCGCCUCACAGCAAACUGAAAAUGAGUAUUACUGCCAGUGGCGUAAUUGUAUACGCAUGAAGAAGAAUCUGCAGGCUUUCCCAUCGCUGGUGAGGCUUAUCAAGCAUGUGCGUGAGGUGCACUUGACCAAGUGUAGUAAAGUAAUUUUGCCUCACGAGCGCAGUAAAAACUUUGUGCCGCGCAAAAUAAAACCCGCUCAAAUUAUGACACAACAACAGCAAAUGCAGCAGCAACAACAAAUGGGCAAUAAUACAAUGAAUCCAAUGGUGGUCAAUGCAAGUCACUCACCACGUGGUGUGGAACAACAUCAUUAUCCCUAUCAGCAGCAACCACAAAUAUUUGUACCUCCUCCAGAACCAUUAUUUGUUACGGUACCACCAAGGCCUCAACGUGUUCUACACUCGGAGGCGUAUAUCAAAUAUAUAGCCUCGCUGCAAGGUACCACCCAUCAACAGAAUGCUCAAAAUUCGGCCAACUGGAAGAGAGCUUUGACGCCAAUAACACCCGCCGAUAUAACCAAACCCAAGAAUCUCUUACCCUCCCAAUGGUUGGGACGUUAUGCUAGCAGCAAUGCUGAUGAUGUUGUCCGAGCUCUGUGUCACAUGCGCAACUACAUGAUGAACGAUGUACUGCAGAUAGAACGUACAUUGGAUAGCUUUUAAGAA